AUGGAAGAAGUUUCACAACAAGUAGACUUAGCUACUGCAAUCAAAAAAUACAAAGAACUUAAUGAACACCUUAAAAAAGAGCUCAGCGAGGCCAAAUCCACACUUCACAAAGCUUCAUUAAUUCUUAAAGAAUCUGAGCGCAAAGUCAUAAAAACAGAUAUAAAGGAUACUCAGCUCACAUCAAUUUCCAGCAAAAUAAACCAUUUAAAAAGAUCAGCUUCAGUUCUAAGGACAGAAAUCUCAGCAAAUUAUUCUGCUGAAAUUCCUAACCUUGAAAAUGAAAUCAAGUAUUUAAAAAAUCAGCUUAAAAUUUCUGAUGACGAAACGGAGCUACUUAAAGAACUCAAAAAGAAACAAAAAGAAAGGCUAGAAGAGCUUGCGAUUCCUGAAGCAUUAGCCCUUCAUACAAAAAAUGUUAAAGAAGAAAUAAAAGCGAAUAAAAUCGAAUAUAGAGAAAUUCGAAAUAAAGCUAUAGAGGAUCAGCAUAGAUGAAAAGAACUCCAUGAGAAAUGGGUAAAUUUAAAUGAAAAAAUAAAAGAAUUUGAUAUCGGAAAUAAAGAAGAAAAAAUAAUAAAAGUUGAAGAAAAUGCUUUGGAUGAGCUGAAUAAAAAACAAAAAAUUGUAAAUAAAGCAAUAAUGCAAGAUGAAAUGAAAAAUAAGAGAGUAAUAAUGGAAGAAGAAGCGAGGCUGCAAAAUCUUAAAAGUGAAGACGAAAUUUUGAAAAAUAAAUUAAGUGAAAAAGAAAAAGAAGUGAAAUUGAAAAAAAUUAAAAUAAAGGAGUUGAAAAAUACAUUAAAGCAAAUACAAAAUGAUUUAAAUAGCAAAAAGAUGAUAGCAGUAAAUAAUGAGGGGAGCAAUGAAAAUACAUUUUUGACUUUAGUUGGAGAAGAGUUGCAAUCAUUGCCAAUAUUGACUCCUCAACCCCAAUUAAAAUCAAGUGUUGGAAAAUCAACUAAUUCAAGCAUUGUAAGCCCUGAGCCUUAUAGAAUCAUAAAUGAUUCCAGAGGUUUAUCAAAAAUCUAUAAAGAUCACAUUUUUUCUAACUUUCUAGUUAAGACUUCAUUUUUAACGAUAUGAAAAUUUCUUCAAUCCAGGAUUUUAUUUUGUUUUCUCAAUUUUAAGUAAUUUUUACGGUAUAGUUCGAGUAAGCCUUAUCUUAAAUUCCAUUAA